AAGAGCAGGAAGCGAGAAAGUGUCUCGGCCGGCUGCGCCUCCUUAGCAACUCCGCUCGCUCGAGAAGCUCCUCCCGAGCCCACCCGCCCUCCUUCCUCGACGCCGACGUCUGGAGCGGCUCCUGGCGGGCCGGGUGCCUGGAUCACAACGCGCUGGUGGGAAAGGCCUCGACUUGAUCCGAUGGCAGUUCAGCCCCCAGUGGCUUUGCCCAGCAGGGCUGAGCUCAUAGAUGAGUAUGACAUCAUUACUGAAGAGGACAUUGAAGAGAUUAAAGACGCUCUUGAAGGAGGGAGAAUGGCGGAUGCGGCCUCCAAGAUCAUGGAAAACUUGCAGGCCUUGGAGAGUGCCCGUCUUGAUAUCGCGGUGACGGGAGAGUCCGGUUCCGGGAAGUCCUCCUUUGUUAACGCCAUCCGGGGCCUAGGGGAUGAAGAUGAUGUCUCUGCCGCCACCGGGGUGGUGGAGACAACUUUAAAGCCCACUCCUUACCCGCACCCCAAGCACCCCAAUGUGACGGUCUGGGACUUGCCAGGAAUCGGUACUCCCGACUUCCGGUCCGACACUUACCUGGAACAGGUGAACUUCUCCCGCUACGACUUCUUUAUUCUCAUCGCCUCCGAACGCUUCAAAACCAACCAUGCCCGUCUGGCCCAAGAGAUCCAGCAGCAGGGCAAACGCUUCUAUUUCGUGCGUUCCAAAGUGGACGCGGACCUGGAGGCCUCCAAGAAGCGUCGGCCGCACGCCUACGACGAAGAGGGCAUCCUGCGGCAGAUCCGCGAGAAUUGCCAAGCGUGCCUGGAGGCCGAAAACGUGGCCUCGCCCCGUAUCUUUCUCCUUUCCAACUGGGAGCUGAGCAAGUACGACUUUGUGCGGCUAGAGGAGACCUUGGAGCAAGAGCUUCCGAGCCACAAGAGACACGCCUUCCUCCUGGCCCUGCCCAACAUCUCGCUAGAAAUCUUACGCAAAAAGAGGGAGGCCUUACAGAAGCAGAUCUGGAAGCUGGCUACCGUCUCGUGCGGCGUGGCGGCCGUGCCCAUCCCGGGUCUCUCCGUGGCCUGCGACGUGACUAUCCUGAUCAGGUCCCUCUCGGAGUACCGCAAGAACUUUGGCCUGGAUGACGACUCCCUGGAGAAGUUGGCAGAGAAGGUGGACAAGCCCGUGGAGGAGAUCAAAGAGGUGAUUAAGUCCCCGUUGGCCAGAGAGAUCUCCAGGGAUGUGGUGGUGAAGAUGCUAACCAAGGCAGGUGGCGGGGCAUUGAUGGUGGCCGAGUAUUUUGCUAGCACAGUGCCCAUAUUUGGUUCUCUGGCUGCUGGGGGGAUCUCCUUUGGAACCACCUACUACAUGCUCCGGAGUUCCCUCAACGAAGUCGCAGACGAUGCUCACAGAGUUCUCAUCAAGGCCUUUGAGUCUGAUGUUUGAAAAGCUUCUUGGGGUGUCGUACGGAAGAUCUGGGACAGAUGCUCCUCUCUAAAUACAACUCUGGUGAAACCAAUGGAGUUUUUUCUUUGCUAGCUGAGCACCUGUCUCGUCCUCUGGUGUAAGCAGGAAGGGGGUACAGGACCGUGAACGCUGGCCAAUCACAGCACUGAGGUUUGCCCUUCUGCAUUUCUGUUUCUUUGGCCGAGUUCGGUUCUUGUGGAUUCCACCCCAGGAAUCCUGAAAAAGGAUAUGGUGUAAGUGGCUAACGAACUUCGAAAACUUCUCACCGGUAUUUUCGCAAAUUUGCCAUUUCCAAGACUCCAUGAGCUUACACCUGUAUGAAAUUGUUUUAAAGUUGUUGCGUAGAGGUGCUCGAAACUUAGUGCUUCUGGACUCAGCACAUAGGUUUCCUUGCAAAGGCCUAGUCCGUUCAUUGACAAGGCAGAAGAUCAGUUUUUAGUAUGAUCUCCCUGGCGAUCUGUAAUUUAAAAAGAGUUUACUAGAUAAUCUAGUUUAUGGUGCUGUACUUCUGCAGAAAAUUCAACUUCCUCGAUUUCAUGGGAGCAGUGUUUACGUAUACGGGACAGUAUCAGGGGACUCGUUUUGUGGACGUAUGGUCUAAAAAUUGAUUCCUCUGCAGUCCUGCAUUUUUGAUGGUUUUCAGUCUACCACUUUGAGCCACUCGAACCUUAAGGCCUUCUUCCCUUCCCACUUCUUUCUGGGAAAGGGCAUCUAAUCGCCUUGAGCAUACUGAUAACUUGACCUGGCGGAGUGACACUGCAAA